GUUACUGGGUGAAGAUCUGAGUUGGGAAAGUGAGCUCGCAGUGACGUGCCUGGAGUUUGCAACUCCACCCAAGAGAGAAAGAGAGAGAGAGAAAGGGAGGGCAGACAUCUGAAGGCAGAGCAUGGCGUGAGGACAACAUAAGGAACAUGUAAGCUCUCACAACGCAGCUUCUUUUGCGACGGGGACGGAUCGACCGACCCGGAGCCGGCGAACGGCCUAAAGAGAAGGAAAAGUCGGACAAGUUUCACAGUGGAGACUCUCCGGUCGGAGCGGGCAGUUGGUGGCGAUCUCCAGCUCAGCGACAGCUCGGAGCGAGGCAGAGGCGGAGGAAGGCGGACUACCCCUGUCGGCCGCGCCGGCCCGACCAUCUCCGUACGGGCUCCGGACCAUGGCUCAGUCGCCGGUGGCGGUGGCGGUGCCGGGAAUGCAGAAUCAUCGGGCAGACCCUGAAGGACUAUUCACCAAACUGGAACGGAUUGGGAAGGGGUCUUUUGGAGAAGUCUUCAAAGGAAUUGAUAACCGGACACAGCAAGUAGUUGCUAUCAAGAUUAUUGAUCUAGAAGAAGCUGAGGAUGAGAUUGAAGAUAUCCAACAGGAGAUAACUGUGCUCAGCCAGUGCGAUAGUCCUUAUGUAACCAAAUAUUUUGGAUCAUAUUUAAAGGGGACAAAGUUAUGGAUCAUAAUGGAAUAUUUGGGAGGCGGUUCAGCCUUGGAUCUUCUCCGGGCUGGACCCUUUGAUGAAUUCCAGAUUGCUACCAUGUUGAGGGAAAUCCUCAAAGGUUUGGACUACUUGCACUCAGAGAAGAAGAUCCACAGGGACAUUAAAGCUGCCAAUGUCUUGUUAUCUGAGCAAGGCGAUGUGAAGCUGGCGGACUUUGGCGUGGCCGGACAGCUGACGGACACCCAGAUCAAACGGGACACAUUUGUUGGCACUCCAUUCUGGAUGGCACCAGAGGUCAUUCAGCAGUCUGCAUAUGACUCGAAGGCAGACAUCUGGUCUUUGGGAAUUACUGCCAUUGAAUUGGCCAAGGGUGAGCCACCCAACUCUGACAUGCAUCCCAUGAGGGUUCUCUUUCUCAUACCCAAAAACAACCCACCAACGUUGGAAGGAGAGUUCAGCAAAUCUUUUAAGGAAUUUGUGGACGCAUGCCUAAAUAAGGACCCAUCCUUUCGUCCAACAGCCAAGGAACUGUUGAAACACAAGUUCAUCCUUAAAAACUGCAAGAAGACCUCUUAUCUCACAGAACUAAUCGAUGGGUACAAAAGGUGGAAAGCAGAAGGGCACAGUGAUGAUGACUCUAGUUCAGAUGAGUCAGAUUCUGGGAGUAGUGACAAGGAGAACAAGAACACAAAACCCAUUGAGUGGUCCUUCACCACGGUGAAGAAGAAGCCGGAUGCAAAGAAGCUGCAGAAUGGGACGGACCAGGAUGUCACCAAAGUAUCAUCAUAUAUAUCUACUGUGAUUGCUCCUCUCUUUGCUGAGCUGAAGGAACAGGACAGAGACAACACAGAGAGGGCCGAAGCAAUUGAUGCUCUGGAAAAAAGCAUGAACAGGGUUGAAGCCAGCUACCCUGGCAUCACAGAGAAGUUGGUAAAGAAAAUAAUCGAAAGGUUUCAAAGGUUUUCGGCUACUGAAGCAUGCUGAGGACUCCGCCUGAUGACUGGAUACUUUCAUAGGUCCCAGCACACCUACGCUGUACAAAACCUCCUCCCCACAACCAUGCCUCCCCCAUUUCCUUCUCUCACAAAUCAGGUCUUAACUCUACAGGAUUUUCUGCAAUGCUUUAAGAUGAUGGCCAACAUCUCGUCUGUGUGAAUUGAAUGUUAAAAGCAAACUCCUGGCUGAGUGCAGGAAAGCUGGACUAAUUGUUUUGUUAACUCAAGUUAAAAUUCAUCUUUACUGCACUUUUGUGCCAAUGAAUUAGAAAUAUUAAUUGCCAGCACUGAGUAGAAAGUCUGACUUACUGGUGUUGCCUAUUGAGAAUGUGUCACAUUUACUUUAAUCUCCCUUACACAGAAGUUGAAAUACUGGGCCACAAAUUGGAGGUAGGGGAGGGUGAUGUUGUAGGUAUAUUGAGGAUGAGUCUCAAACUACUGACUGGCUGGUGCUUUCAAUCCAGUUGUUUUCUGCUGGAGAUGGCUGCUGACAUGCAAAGAGGCCGAUUUUAGUCGAGUUGAGGCACAGUGUUACUUCAGAAAGAGUUACUACUCCUGUUCCUGUCUGUGUGACUCUCGAUACCACAGACAUGAACCAGCAACACUGAUGUUUCACACUCCCACUCCCAUCUACCACACCUCCCCCAGCUCAUUGACCUCAACUACAUUUUUGUGUUUGCUUAGAAAUUCCAUUUUGAACUUCCUGGACCAGUCCCGUUCUUGUGCCUCGUUAAUGCAUCAGAACCCAAAAAUGUGAUCCUGUCGGCAAAUAAGAAUACAGAUCUACACUGAUUCCAAUUGCACCUGACGUUAUCCUAAGCAACUUUCAAAGACCACAGCCCGAGCAAGUGCAAGUGUAAAUUGUUAUUCCUCAUCAGCUUUUUGUAAAAUUAAUAAUCCCUUGAGCAGUUUCAGUUGUAUAUCCUCAACAAAAUAAAAAAAAGGGUGCAGCAUUUCAGUAGUCUCCUUUUUAACUGUGGGGAAGGGUGUGAAAUCAAUGCAGGAACCCAUUGUACUAUGUACAAGGACUGACAGAGAGAAAACAGAAGCAUUUCUCAAGAAGGCUCUCGUUGACUUCCACUUUUCUGCCUUGAGACAGUUUUUAUUGGAGUUUUGUGCCUCUAGUCCCUGCAAGUGUAAUCUAAACUUAAAUGGUAGGAUGGACUUGAACAGUGCCCCUGAAUUUCUUCCCAUAUUGGCAGAGGGGAGGGUGCCUUUUGUGCUUCAAAGAAGCCUUCAGUCGUGGUCCUAAAUUCUCUAACUCAAUUUGGCAUCCUUUGUUUUGAUAGGUUUGCUUAUAAAGUCGCUCUUGAUGAAUGACCAUUGAAAGUGGUUGUGUGUGAAGAGGUCGUCCAGGAAGAGGCAUUGACCUUGCUAAACUUCCCACUGUGUGUGGGGUGAAGCAGUCUAUGUGUGAGACAGAACUGGCAUACCCCUCUGGUUUAUUUAGGAAUGGGGCAGCGGGCAAGAGGAAGAGAGAGGAGUCUGGGAGCACUAAAAUGUUCUGAGGUUGUAGCUCAAAACGGAUUCUUCUGCUGUGGCUUCGUUGAGGUAAAUUGCUAUUUAGAGACCAGCUCAGAGAAGAUAUACCUUAGGUUUAUUAAAUAGGAGCCCAUUCUUUCCUGAGUUGGAUUGAAAUGGAAGUCUGUCCAAAAUUCCUGCACGGAGCCUUCAUCAACAGUGAUUCUGUUCCCGUCCCUAUGGUGACUUCAGCUCCUCAGUCAGUAUGGGGUCCACCUCAUGUUGUAACUGUGGUCCUGUUAACAGCCACUGGGUAGUUUUUACCAUGGUGAACGUGGAACAAUUCUGGGUGGAAAAGAUCCAAGGGCAGUCAUGCACAGCUGCACUUGUGUAUGUGAAGCUGACUUGAAGAAUGGUGAUUAGUGUUUGGUGGCUGUGUGUGUGAAAGAUCUUGGCAAGAAUCCUCUCCCAGCAUCUGAGUAGCUGAGUGAAUAUAUUUUAAAAAAUGAGAUUAUCACUUAAUUUCACCAAACAUUGGGAGCUUCCAGCUGCUGGACCACAAGUACCCCCAACCCUGUAAGCGCCCUGAUCUUUCCAAGCCAGCAGCAAGGAGAAUAUGCCCCAUUUAACAAAGCCAAUUGAACUUUCAAGUGUUGCAGCUGAGAAUGAGGAAAAAUGAUUCUGGAAAGGACAGAAUUCCCAGGAAGGUCACGUGUAUAUACUUUGUCACAGAACUCCACAAGGUAGUUGCACUGCUUCAUAUCUGCUUUUUAUUUUGUGUGUGGGUGCAUAAUGUAAGGAUAGACCAUUCAAUCUUACAUUCUUUACACACUCUGUCAAUGCUGCCUUUACGUCAAAUGUUUUUUAAUACACAUUUAUACAGAGAAAUUGCCUAAAUAUAUUUUGCCAAAUGUUUGAACAAGUGAUUGGUCUUUAGACUACACCUUGUCAGCUAAAUUGGGGGAGAUUUACUUACCAAUGGUAUUUUCAAAUUUACAGUUUCAUUGAAAUCCAGCAUGAGCCACAAGAUGCCAAAUAUUAGCCUUCAUCUGGUAUCUGACCUCUUUACAUGUUUACCACUUAACUUUCCAUCCUGAGCAUCAUAAAAUCAGGGCCUUUGUUUCAAGAUUGAAAAUUGUUUUAUUUCUGGGGUAUUUUUCAAAAAGUCACAAUUAAUGUCUUGAUUUAAAGCAAUAUUUUUGUAAGUGUAUAGAAGAUAGUAAUGUAAAUAUAAGAUAGAAUCUAGUAGAGAGCAAGAUGUGUGAGCUAGUUCUGUGGCUAUCAGGAGUAUAUAAAUCUGUUUUGUAGAUAAUGUUUUGUUAUUCAUAGUUCUGGGGUUUGAAUGGUUUUAUGAAUAAAUAUUUAAAUCAUCCUCAUCUGUGUUUUGUAU